AUGGGCGACGGGUCUGACUAUCCUAGUCCACGAAGUGAGGCCCCUCCUGGAGCUACUGCCGCAUCCGCCCUUGCCUCUGCCCCUGAUUCUCUGUCCCCCAUCACCACAAUGAACGACCAAGGGCCCCUGAGUUACAUCGAGGGAACGCGCCCGCGCCUCUCGGUCCGACGCGCUCGCGAUCCGCCCAAGAACUCCGAGGGCCAGAUUUUCUGUGAUCAUCCAGACUGCCAGGCUGUUCCUCCGACCUUCCGUCGUCCUUGUGAAUGGAAUAAACACAUGGACAAACAUGACCGCCCCUACAAGUGCUUCGAGCCGGGCUGUGAUAAGAUCCAAGGCUUCACCUAUUCUGGUGGUCUCCUCCGUCACCAGCGGGAGGUUCACAAGAAGAACACCGACGCCAAGAAGCCUCUUAUGUGCCCUUAUGCCGAUUGCAACCGCAGUGCGGGCAAUGGAUUUACGCGUCAGGAGAACCUGCGAGAGCAUCUUCGUCGUCGCCACAUGCACACAGAUGAUGGCCCAUCUAUUGUCCUCGAGAUGCCAUGGGGCCGUGGCACCGAACUCGACGGCGUCCGCACCUCCCCACUCCCCACCACCGGUAUCAAACGCAAGCAUGAUUCUCCCAACGGGGAGCUUCCAGAGCCCGAGGAGAACCCCGCAGAUCUCCAUGAUGAGGUGAAGCGACUGCGCCUGGAGGUUGAAGAGAAGGACCGCCGCCUGGAGGAGCUGGAGCGCAUCGUCUCUGGUCUCCAGCAGGCCAUCCCACAGCAAUCCCCCGUGCCCGAGUCCCAGACUGUCUCACAGCCCAUGCCGCAGUCCAUUCCCCAGGCUGCUGCACCUCCGGUGUAA